AUGGCCUGCUCACUGGUGUUCCUGGGCGUCUUCAUCUUACUGUCUACCUACCCUGGGCCUAGCGUCGGGGGCCGCUCCAUGCCCAAGCUAGCUGACCGGAAGCUUUGUGCUGAUGAGGAAUGCAGCCACCCCAUCUCCAUGGCGGUGGCCUUGCAGGACUACAUAGCCCCAGACUGCCGGUUCCUCACCAUACACAGGGGCCAGGUGGUAUAUGUCUACUCCAAGCUGAAGGGCCGAGGCCGGCUCUUCUGGGGAGGCAGUGUUCAGGGAGAUUAUUAUGGAGACACGGCUGCACGCCUGGGCUAUUUCCCAAGCAGUGUAGUACGGGAGGACCAGACUCUAAAACCUGGCAAGAUAGAUGUUAAGACAGAUAAAUGGGAUUUCUACUGCCAGUGA